AUGAGACGACACAUGAUAACAGUUGGACUAAAACGUCUGAAGGUGGUGUUGAUCGGGUCUGUGUUGGUUCUGCUCCUUGUUCUUGGGUACGUCACAGUGACGGGCGUGGUUAACCCCUCCCAGCUGACGCAGUGGCAAGGCAAACAUAUACAAAGGAAAGGGUUACUGGUGCUGGCGGACCAGAACGCAGCAGCUCAACGUCGGCUUCACAAUCAACUACCCACUCCUCAAUAUCUCAGACGAGUCCAAAUGUAUCAGGACAUUCAGAAAUAUUUGGAAAAUGCCCGUUACAACAGGACCGUGUGGAAGGAACUUGAUCUCAGGCAUUUCUUCAAGCCAACCUACAAACCUGUUCAAGAAUUCAAGAACCCAUGCUGGUGGGAGGAGCAAGUUCCUGAAAACACUUGUUAUUUGGCUGAGAAAUCAUUAAAGAAGUCACUCAGAUGGAUGGAGUCGGGAGGGGGGAAGACCCUGCGCUGCCUCCCCUACUUCUUCAUCAUAGGACAGGCCAAAUGUGGCACCACGACACUUUUCAGUAGAAUAGUACAACACCCUGACGUCGCACCCCAUGCCAUGAAAGAGACUCAUUGGAUAUGUCAUGGUCGACUAAGUGAUGCCACGCCAACCCAUUUCUCCACGCACGGCUUUUGGGACAUGUUGCCUGGCAACGAAGGAUGCGCGGAACCAUGUGUGACAGAUGCUGACGUCAUUCACCAUCUGAACCCUCGUGCUAAACUCCUGCUGAUCCUCCGGAACCCAACGACCAGGUAA